UAGUAUCUACCUCCUGAACUCUCUCUCUAUAAGUCUAUAUAAGCCUCUGCCUUCUUGGUUUUCUCUCACAGAGACCCCCACUACUUUUCUUGACUGCUACUUCUGCCUUCACUAGUAUCAUCAACCCAAGCAUCAACGCCCCUCUUCCAUCACUUUCCUGAUUACUUCCAUUUUCCAAUUCCAAAGCACUAUCUCUCUCUGCAGAUAUAGUAGCAUGGCAGCCUUUUCUUAUCAACAUGUACUCCACCACCCCUUUCUCUUUGACUCUAUUUUCUUUCCAGGCACUCCUACCAGUACUAAUAGCAACAACGACCAUUUCUCUCAAUCUCAAUACCCAUCUGAGCCUUUAGUUGAGCAAAUGAAUAUUCCUGUUGAGAGUGCAAGAGUUGCCGAGAGCAGCUCAUGUAUUGACCAGAGCUCCACAAAGAUUGCAACUUUUAGUGACGAUGAGCCUUCUGUGACCAAAAAACAGAGCCCAGAGUCCUCAGCUGUGGUGGAUAAGCUUGAGACUGGUGAGCAGGUUACUCAGAAAGUGAUGACUCCCAUGGAAAGGAAGAGAAGAACCAGAAAUGGGUCAUCACCCAAUUCCGCUCAAUCCAAGGUCAAGAAGCCAAAGAAAGCUGAAGAGGAAAAGAAGCCCAAAGCUGAAAAGAAAGAGCAAGUGAAAGCUGUACAAGAAGUGGAACCUCCAACAGGUUACAUUCAUGUUAGAGCAAGAAGGGGUCAAGCUACAGAUAGCCAUAGCCUUGCAGAGAGGGUAAGAAGAGAAAAAAUCAGUGAGAGGAUGAAGAUGUUGCAAAGACUUGUUCCUGGUUGUGACAAGGUAACCGGAAGGGCUGUGAUGUUGGAUGAGAUUAUCAAUUAUGUUCAGUCCCUACAAAAUCAAGUGGAGUUUCUCUCAAUGAAGCUUGCUUCUGUGAAUCCAAUGUUCUAUGACUUUGGACCAGACCUUGGUGAUUUGAUGGUCAAACAAGAGGCAUCACCAUUUUCAACUGGACCACAAUGCAGCCCAACACAGCCAACAGAUUUUGCUGAUACCUCUACCAAUUUUGUCACCACCACCACUGCCGCCGCCACCAGCUUCACGGCGGCUACUAACAACUAUCCUUUUCUGGAUUCACUUCUACUUCAGCAAUCGCAGAGGCCGACUGCCUUCCAUCAGGACAGUGAGAGCCUAUUGUGGGAUGUGGAAGAUCAAAGACAAAGCUUUCUUAAUCCAUCUGGGUUCAGCAACAACUUGGGUUCUUUCAAUUAAUACAACAUGCACCACCAAGAAGCUGCCUGCCCUACCAAGCAUAUGUUUUCUAUGAGGAACUAUAAAGCAGCCAAAUUCUCAGAAUUAAAGCCAACUAUCAGUUCCAUUGGAGAGGGCUAGCUUUGCUUUAGCUUAGCUUCGUCUUCAACCAAGUUAAACCAAAGGCACUGGUUCCAAGUACAAUAUAUGAAUAAAGGUAGAGGGCAGCAAUUUCAAUGGAUGAAGAAGAAAGAACACAAAUCAAAAGGACAGAUACAGACCGGACCAAAAAAGACCAAGAUCUUUUCUAGAUCCCUUGUUCCUGUCCAUUAUGGAUUAUUUGCGUGCACAAAUUCCAAGAACCCUGUAACCUUUGUAUUAUCAAUGUAAAAUAUAACAAUGUAAUAAAAAUUUAGUAGUAAACCCUGCAUUGAAUACUUUGACUCAUUCAUUAUU